UCCCUUUCCUCGAAACCCGCAGCCAGCCACAGUAAUAACUGAUAAGCGAUGUCGAAGAAGGAAGAAGACGUCAUUAGCUGAGCAGCCUGAGAAUUCAAAACCCCCCUUUUGGCCUUUUCUGCGCGAAACGACGUCGUUCUCUCCGAUUCGGUUCGGCCAUGGCUGAGUCUUCGAAAGAGGAGCUCGUUCAGCUCAUCAAGCGCUUCGGGGCCUUCCUCACCGUCAAGAUGUCCAAUCUCUUCUCGAUCUCUUUCCACAAUCUGAAUUCACGAUCAGUUGGGGCUGUUGCUGGGCUUGCAGUGGCGAUAGUCUUCACAUGGAGGCUUUUGAGAACACCUAGUGGGCCCCAAAGAAGACAACCGAAAAGGCAGGCUCCUGCAGCCAGUAGCUCUGGCAACAGUUCUCAUUCGAAUACAACAUUUAUGCCGUCUGGAGUUUCAACGCCAUCAGAGGAUGUGAGGGCACAAAAUGUCGUUGACGAGCUUUUCCAACCGGUAAAGCCAACCUUGGGGCAAAUAGUUAGGCAGAAAUUGAGCGAAGCAAGAAAGGUGACGUGUCGAUUGCUUGGAGUAAUCCUUGAUGAAAGCACUCCAGAGGAGCUUCAGAAAGGCGCAACUGUGAGGUCCUCAGUUUUGGAAGUACUGUUGGAGAUAACAAAAUACUGUGAUCUAUAUCUCAUGGAAAGAGUUCUGGAUGAUGAAAGUGAAAAAAAGGUUGUUCUUGCUUUGGAAGAUGCGGGGAUUUUCACGUCUGGUGGUUUGGUCAAAGACAAGGUUCUCUUCUGCAGCACAGAGAUUGGGCGGACGUCUUUUGUUCGACAGCUGGAACCAGAUUGGCAUAUUGAUACAAAUCCCGAAAUAGUUUCGCAGUUAUCUAGGUUUAUCAAGUACGAGCUGCACAUCUCUCCUACCAGAACCGAACGGCCAGCCUCCAACGUGUUCAGCUCUCCAUCCUUGGAACAGUUCUUUGGAUCAGUUUGAUGCCUAAAACAAAUAAAAAAAUGUGCAAAUAUAAUUCAUAGACUUUUUAACUAGGUGGUUAUUUUCUUAUUCCCCUUGUGGGAUAUUUUAUCUUUUCACCAUGCAUUACACUCCAGCUCUAUGUUCUCUUGCCUGGGUUGUUGGCGGUGAAAAUGAAAGAUUUGCUCCACAUCCUUCUCUUUGUUUUAAGGGGAAAAAAAUUAAACUCUGUUUGAAAUUUGUGUGAUAGAUUGGACCCGUGUCCAAAUUCUAUUUUCUCUUAGAAGUGCAUGCAAACAAAAUUUCAAGACAAGUUUUGGGUUUUUAUUUAUUUAUUUAUUUAUUUUUAAGACUAGUUUCAAGACUCGUUUUUGUUUUGGUGUAAUUAUCCCGCUUCAUCCUAAUAUGGAGACAUGUCUGGCGGUGUAAUGGAUCGAUUUUAUGUUUCUACAUGUUUAUUAUUGGUUAGUUAGAGGUAUUUUGUA